ACAGUCGCAGCCUUUUUCACCACUAGCACCAAGUGCGUCUGCAAAGGCAGAAGAGGAAGAAGGAAAGGGACACUAUAGCAUUUGGGACCCCAUGAGUAAAAAAGAUUGUCACCAACGUACUAGCAGAAUUGGACGCGGUGAUACAAAGGAAGGUGGUAAUGGCGGUCCAAAGAAAGGCGAAGGAGGUCGUGGUAGAGGAAGGUGUCCAGGAAGGAUGGGAAGAAGAGGAGCCAGUGCCCCAACACCUCUCGAAGACACAACGUAAGCAGCGCAACCUAGCUAAGGGAGGACAAGGCUCUGGGAAGGGGCAGGUGCCCCAAGCAGUGGUAGUCGCGCCCCCGAGUGUGUCAGCCUCGUCAAGUAGUGCGGGUCCUUCGCAAGUACCGGUACCGCCAUUCAGGCAGUGGCCAUGGCCUAUAUUCAAUACAUAUGUGCCUUGGGGAAGUGCAAGCCCAGCCUGGACAAGUAGUGCCAUACGCUGGGCCCCAAACAAGUAUGCCGCCGCUCAGGCUCAACCCACGGCGCCGCCUCCGUCGCCUGCACCAAGCUCACAGGGUACUGUGGCGGCCAGAGGUAAUCAAGGCCAAGGGAAUCAAGGAAAUGGAGGGAGAGGCGGUGGAAGAGGACGCAGCAGGAAUGGCGGGGGCCGAGAAGGUCAAUGGGAUAAUCAAGGUUACCAGGGCCAAGGGAAUCAAGGUAACCAAGGUAAUCAGGGGAACCAUGGAGGAGGAAGGACCCGUUUUGAUUGGAGGACCACCACAUGCCAGCAUUGUGACAAGCAAGGCCACACCAUACGGUUCUGCAAUACGAGACGGGAAGAUGAGAGAACGGGACUGGUCUAUUCUACCAUGGAUGGAGACAUAUAUGAUCAGUUCGGAGAGUAUAUCGAUAGGAAGGUCCCUGGUGGAGUAAGGGCGGAGGCCCAACGGAAAGUGGCGGCACGGCAAGCACCUCCUGCCACGUUCCGGUUAUGGCAGGAGAAAGAGGACCCACCAAUUAGAGUAGAAGAUGUGGGAAGUGACGAGGAAGUGACCCAGAGGCUAUGGGAAGGGGUUAUAAGAGAAAGGCCCAUAAUCGCCGAGUCAGAGGACGAGAGUGAGGAGGAAAGGGUAGAGCCCGCAUCGGUCCUGCUGGGGAAGAUGGAAGAUCUGCUGGACAAACUGAGGAGAUACAAACAAAAGUUGGUAGGUUUCUGCGAAGAAGUGAAGGAGUGGAGGGCUAAUCUCCCCAAGGUUUUCCUCUAUGAUUCUGGCCCAGAAUCCAUGCCAGGACGACCCGGGGUGGCCACCGUGGGGUCAGGCCCUCGGUCGGGAAUGAUGACUAGACCUCCUACACCGCAAGGAAGGUUGGCGCAGGCUGCCCAAACUCGAGGCCAGGCUAAGGCCAGUGCAAGUCAAGGACCUCCUCGAAAGGACCCUGAGCCAGAGAAGAGGAAGGAAGCUGUGGAAGUAGAGGAUGACGACGAGGACGAAGAGGAGGAUGAGAGGCUGCGCCAAGAAGAAAAUCAAAGGGCGGGACAAAGGGCCAGGAAGAGGGAAAGCCGAGAGGAAGUUGAGCCGGUUUUGCGCGAUGUGCCGCCUAAGAAAAAGAAGUAUGCAGUCCGGUUAGAAGAAGGGUUUGAUGUCGAAAGGGUGAUCGACAGGCUGCUUGAAGGCCAUAAUGAUCUUAUGACCCUCAAGGAAGUCCUGGCGUCCGCCCCAAGGCUCCGCAAUGAGCUGAAAGGAAGACUGUCGAGGCGGUUGGUGCCGAAUGUCCAUCUCAGUGUAAUUCUGCCAAAGGAGAGAAUGGGCAGAACCAGGAACGAAGAUGGACUGGAAGUGUGUGGCAUGCGGUAUAGUGGACCUAGUAGUGAAAGGUUCCAAGACCUUGACAAAGUCCUAGGCUUGCUUGAGGAGCAUAACCUUACAACAAGUGGAGCCAAGUCCAAGCAUUGCAUGAGGGAAGCUACCAUUUUGGGAUUCGUCUGCAAUGAGAAUGGUCGGCGGCCAGACAUUAAGAAGACGGACAAGAUAGUUGAGUGGCCAGUGCCAUUCCACUCGAUAACAGAUGUUAGGAGCUUCCUUGGCACGUGUGGCUUCUGGAGGACCUUCGUCAAAAACUUUGCUGCCAAGACAGAGCAAUUGAGGAAGCUAGUUCGUCAGGAUCAAAAGUGGAUUUGGGGUGAGGAUCAGGAGAAAGCGGUGGCAGGAAUGAAGGAAGAAUUUCGAGAAGGAGGGCUGGUGUUGGGAGCGCCGGACUAUGAUGCCACGAAGGGCUAUGAGAGGAAGGCCAAACUAGUACUCAAGCCCUUUGAAGAAGAGGACCCUUGGGGUGGCAAGGGCGUCCAAUGGAUGAUGAAGCUGACAAUCGCGGGCAAUCAUAGUCUGGUGGAAGAGAUAAGGACGAUAGAAGAAGGUCCGGAACGGGUAAGGAGGCAUGAAGAAUUGAUGGGGGAAAUGUACCUCCUCGUCAAUACACUUCUUCACGAGUCCUUUGACUUGGUAGGCUCGUUAAAUCCGGCUGAGGGAGGAGAUGCUGUGCUAGAAAGCCAGGAUGACGAGUUUGAAGAGGGGGAGAUCAAGGAGGCGUUCCGUGCAGAGGAGUACGAUGGAAUUUACCUGGAACUGGGACUUCUCCUAUCGUGCGAGAUGCGGGACAGGGAUGCAAGCGAUAGGGCCCAGAGGAUGAGAGAACGUUACUUGCGAUCUCGUUUGAGGCUGGGAGAGCCGCUGCAUCCAAGGUUGGAAAGGGAAGUAGGGGCCGUGGUACAUCUCGACUUGUUAUUUAUGCCCCUCGGAGAUCAUGGCUACAAUUACAUCUUUGAUGAGCGUGAUAACCUAUCUGGCAUUGUGGAUGGGCGGGUCAUUCGUACGAAGACUGGGCCAGUCCUGGUUAGCUACAUCGAGGAGUACUACCUACAUUAUCCUUUUGUCAGAGAAUUCGUAACGGAUAGAGGAUCGGAGUUUACCUGCCAGGAGAUGCAGAAGUUGUUGUCAAGAUACGGUGUGGUAGCUAAUUACACCACGGUCGUGCACCCUCAGGCAAAUGCUCCUGUGGAGAGAGGACACAACACCAUUACGAACCUGUUGGCCAAAUGGACUGAAGGUAGGCCCAAUCAAUGGCCAAGGUCUGACUUUGCGAAGACAGCCAUGCCAAGAGGAGGGAGGGGGACACGGCCGCCACGGAGGCCGUUGGGAGCAUCAAGAGGAUAUGAGCGGCAUGGGCCUCACCACCGAGAGAGUACGCCAGUGUACGACGAUGGAAAUAUUGAGUUGUUCCUGGACGAGUUUUGGGGGUACGCACACCAUAUGGGCUGGACCAUGACCCAAGCAAUCGGGAGGCUGAGAGGAGUUGGCAGAUUCGUAGAGCCCAUUGCACAGAUCCGUAGGGAGGUGAGGAUGAGGCCAGAGGUGGAGGCAAGGAUGCAGGAGCUGCGACCAUCGCCUGUGGGACCUGACGGCAGACCGAUUCGCCUGGAGAUUGGGAAUGCAGAGGAGUUCAUCCCCACGCCCUUGGCCAGGCAGAUCAGGGACAUGGCCCGAGAUUGGGAGGGUUGCAGGGCGCACUUGACAGAGGCAUUCCGACGGCCAGAGCCGCCUCAGCCCAGAGUAGAGAGACGCCUGAGGAGCAGGAGGCAGAGGGACCCUGAGCCCACAGAGGCCAGGCCAUCGCGAAGGGGACGGAAGGCGCUCGCCAGGAGAGAGGAGGAGACGGUACCUGAGACUGAGGGGCAAGGGGCAUAUCCUGAGUGCAGGUUAGGACCGGUGGAGUUCCAUCGCUUUACCGAGGAAGGACAGGGAGGGUCUCCACUGCAAACACGGGAGGAGGUGCCGACAUCUGGAGAACCACUGCAGGAGUUGGAGGCACACUUGGACGUCUCCCAGUGGAGAAUGCCGCCAGUAAGUGAAAGGCGUGACGAGCCAGCCGAAGAGGGGCUGCGAGAGGAAGUUCAGAGCCCUGAGCAUGACAGGAGACCAAGUACUGAGAGAGGACGUGCUGAAGAGGAGGUCAUAGAGGUUGAGGAGGAUACUCCCCCUCAGACGCCGGCUGUGGGACUGAGACUUGGGAACCCACCGGAGGACGCACCCAACAGAGGAGAGAAGUCACAGAAAGAGGAGGUCCCACCACCACUACCAGAGAUGGUCCCGUCGCCAAGAGGAACGGAGGAAGGAGAGACUGAGAAAGCUUACCGGAGGAGAGAGGCCCUUGCCAUGAUCGACAAACAUCUUGCGGCACACGCCUUGGAGCACCCUGACCUGGAGGAGCCUGUGCCUGUGGAGCCACCCCAGGAGUUGCGUCAGGCUGAGAGAGAGAUGGGAGCAGAGAUCCCGGAGAGAGUCGGUCGCCGCAAGAGAGAGAGAGUACCAGCAGGGGAAACGACUGAGGAAAAUCGGGCCAGAGUAGGGAGGUGCUUGGAAGAAAUUUGGCAAGAGAAGCAGAGGUUGGAAGAGGCAAGGACACUCUCGGAUCCGCCCCCACCACACAGGCCGUAUGGAAUCAAGGAAAUAUGGGAAGAGUUCCUUAUCCAACAUCGCAAGGAAUUGACGGCUCCAGACAAGGCGAAAGUCGAGACCUCGAAGAAAGCGGAUGAGUAUUUGGACCGAAGGAUCCGAUCCCUGUCCAAGACAUCCUUCGACAGAUACAUGAUGUUGGAAGCUGAUCUGAGAGGGAAAGAGAUGAGGGAGACAAGCCAUGGAGUGUGUUUGUUGGCCGUCGAGGCUGAGGUCCGCGAACUCAGAGCAUUGGUGGCUAGUCAAGCCGCCAUCAUUCACGACCUGAGACAACAGCUUCAGGGUAGAAUGGACAGGGCAGAGAGCAGUCGACAGGGAGAGCAGAGGCAGCCAGAGCCUGACUUAUCAGGGCAGCCAUCCGCAGUUGUACCUCAGCAGGGAUCGCCCACGGGGAGAGUCAUCUUGGAGCCUGAGGAGGCGAAGGCCAAGAGGGAGGCGGAGAGAAAGGCCUUCGAGUUCAGAGCCCCUACUGAACUCGCUAUACCGCCUACGGUAACAACGGGUCUUACCAUGCCACUAUCAGUUGAGGAGGGACUGCUGACAGCCAGCGGCGGGCCGGUCCAGGGCUCAGCGGAAGGAUCUAUGGAUGUGUUGCUCGAGGCGGUCCACACUAUGUAGGAGGAGGCAAGUUUAUUUUCACCUGAGCAGAGGAUAGAGGAGCCUCCUGAGAGUGAGAUGGGGGUUGUGAUGGAGGAUGUCAUCGAGGGCAGGCCCCAGAGAUUGGAUACGCCAGAGUAUAGACUGGAGGGAGUUGGGAUACGACCUGGACAUAGUACUCAGGAGUUGGAAACAGGAUCUGAGGAGCCUAUGGACGUGCCUCAGAGUUAUGAACUGAG